AUCAAUAGCAUUUGAUAUAUUUGUGUAGUUUCAGCGCAUUGUAGUUGCUAUGAAAGCAAUAUCGGCAUUCCGUUGUGCAUAAUGUCAGUGUACUCGUACAGUAACCUUUGUUGUGGCCCGUAUGUUUGAGAUCGUGUACAUUUUUGUGUGACUGUGUUUUGGCUAGCCUGCAGUUUAUUCCGCUUUUGCGACCUGAUUCUUUCCAAAACACUAUCAUGCUUGAUACUGCAUAUGCCUAGAAUAGGCUACUGAGCUUCUAGACGUCUACCGUUAGGUUCAGUUAGUUCAGUCAGCAAAGUCUCAGAGAACAGUCGUGAGCGUAAACAUCAUGCAGCAGGCUAUUAGGCUGUAAUUUAUUGUGCGGGUUUUGUUAUGGAAGCACGGGCAGUUUUGAUGCGUUUUGCGGGCUUUAACUAGGUUUCUCACAUGCAGUCUGUUUGGUGCGUCUGACGGGCCGAGGCAUUCGACGUACGCCGCGAUUCACGUUACAUCUUGCGACAUGAAAUUUAAUAUGAAAGUCAAUUACAAAUCUAAAAAUGGCUGUCGGGUGACUGGUUGUGAAUUUAGUCUGCAUUCUUUCCAAGUAAGGUGAGGAGUCGGUUUGCCACAGCCAGCCACAGACACGUGUCCACGCACAUGCCAUUAAAUUGACCGAAGGUGGUCUCAACUCAACUUCACAGGUAUUGACAUGAAGAAAGACAUAGAGGUGCUGAUUGCAGAGGAAAGAGCAGCAAUCAUCUCUAAAUAUGAUAAGGGUCGGGAUGCAGACGUGGAGAUCGAUCCCUGGGAGGAUGCUGACUACAGCAUCUACAGAACCACAGAUCGCUUUGGUUUCCUUCAUGAAGAGGAGCUACCCACACCAAGUGCACUUGAGGAGAAGCAAAAGGAACAUGAGAUUUUACGUGUGCAGAAAUGGCUGAAGAUGGUGAAGAAAUGGGACAAGUACAGAAACAGCGACAGAAUGGUCCGGCGCGUGUACAAGGGGAUUCCCCAGCAGCUGAGAGGAAAGAUCUGGUCUCUCCUUUUAGAUGUGGAGAAAGUAAAGAAUGAAAACGCUGGGAAAUAUGAAAGCAUGUGUCAGCAAGCCAAACACUUCUCUGCUGAGAUCAAGCAGAUUGAUCUGGACAUCAACAGAACUUUCAGAAACCACAUCAUGUUCAUGGACCGCUUUGGGGUCAAGCAGCAGUCUCUCUUUAGUGUUCUCUCUGCGUACUCCGUUUAUAACACGGAAGUGAGUUACUGCCAGGGCAUGAGUCAGGUUGCUGCGAUCCUGCUGAUGUUCCUGAAUGAAGAGGAUGCUUUUUGGGCCCUGUCACAGCUGCUGACCAAUCAGAAGCAUGCCAUGCAUGGUUUCUUUGUCCCUGGCUUUCCGAAGCUGCAGCGGUUCCAGUCCCAUCAUGACCAGAUUCUCUCCAAGCUGCAGCCCCGACUCAAGAAGCACCUGGACCGUGAGCAGAUGACCAGUGGGAUUUACAGCACUAAAUGGUUUCUGCAGUGCUUCAUUGACAGAACUCCAUUCACGCUGACCCUCCGUCUGUGGGACAUCUUCAUCCUGGAGGGGGACAGGCUUCUGACUGCCAUGGCCUACAGCAUCCUCCGCUUGCAUAAAAAACGUCUGCUGAAGAUGCCCCUGGAGGACCUGAGGGAGUUCUUGCAGGAGACCAUGGCCACCGACUUCCUCAUCAGCGAUGAUGUCGUGGCUGAGCAGCUGCAGGUGUCCAUGUCAGAGCUGCGCAAAAUGAAGCUUGACCUGCCCCCUCCAGCCAAACCAGAGGAGCUCCCACGUAAGCCUCUUGGCCUAGAGCUCCCCCUGCUGUUGACUCCAGUGAUAGCCACUAAAGGCAGCCCAUCCUGGCCAGGGCCUGACGGCAGCGCUCCUCCCCAGGACCUGAUCACCCCUCACGGCAGCUCCCCCUCCAAGCAGCAGCCCCAGCAGAGGAUUGUGGGUAGAGACGGCGACCCCUCGCCCCUGCCCUCCCCGGACCCCGUGCUGGUGCACAGUGACGCCCCCCAGGGGGAGUGGCCUCCUCCGUACGCGCCGCCGGAUAGUGACAUCAUCACUGACCCGUCGGAAAGCAAGGGGUCAUGCGAACUCCCGAAAGCCCCGCACCCCCCCACCCCCAUUCGCAGCCCCUCCAGCAUCUCCCAGUAUGAGAACCUAUGUGAGGGAACCCCACCCCGCACAGACCCCCGGCGGAUCCGAAAGGGCGGUGUCCCCCUGGUCCAGUCCUCCCCACACCUCCCACUCAGGGACACUCCCUGCCCCCAGCUGCCCAAAUCUAAAUCUCUGAGCUUCUAGCCCAACCGGCUGGUGGCCAUUUUGUGACAUUUCAGUUCAGUAGAGGAACCAGGAUGUGGAUCAUGGAUAUAAAACAAUGAAUAUGAAUGGAAGACAGCCAUGCUCCUGCUUUAUAGGAACUGUACACAAAAAAAACAGUCCCAGGUUUACCAGUCCCUCAUGAUGGUCAGUGUUUAUGUCACGUGUUGUCAGGAUAGACAUAUAAUGUACGUCUUUGACUGAGCUGUGGCUUAUUUGUGCUUUUUGUCUCAGCAUCUUAGUGCUGAUUCGCUUAAUAAGCUUUAUGACUGUGUGUCCAUGUUGCUUUUGAAAUUCUAUUGGCCUUUAGCAAAUAAUAUAGUCCCGCCCAGCUCAAGCGUUUGCCUCAGUAAUGUGUGUCUGCAACCGAGCUGAGUCACUUAGCAACUGAAACUGUCUCAAGAUCCAGUGUGCUCUGAAGAGCGCUCGUCAAAUAGGAUUGAAGUCAUAAUGGGGUUUGUCACGGUGACCAGUCCGAUCAGACCAUAUGGUCACAUGGCGUAGGCAAGCAUGAGGGAGAAGCUUGUUAAUGUGGGCUGGACCCCCCCAAAAAACUCUAACCUCCCACUGUUCAUCUGGUGGGUCAGAGGUUUUUCAAAGUGCACUGGGUUAUGUCUGUGUGAAGUGUGUGGCAGAUUGAAAAUCGUACAAAUUAGGAUUUUACACGACACACUAGGAAGGCUCUUCCUCGUCCUGUACCUCUGCUCCCUGCCCUGUAUCUGGAGUUCGUCACAAUGACAUGUGAAGUUUUGCCCACUGAGGAAACCACUACAAUCUCCAUGUUUCUCAUACCUUCAGAGACAGAUGAAUGAGCUGAAGGCUGAGGUAUCGUCGUCUUUACAUCAGGUGCCCGCAGGUGUUCCUGCCUGUAGACAUUUCUGGAUUCAUUUAGGGCUAUUUAGGUACUACUUACUACUAAACAUAUCAUACUGCCGCUGUGGAUGAUGUCUAUAAUCAGUAAUAAUGUACAUGUCUUAGUGCCUCCCUGACCCUCAGACAGGGAGGAAGGAUUCUCUAUCUCUUUCUUUCUUUUUCUCUCUCUGCCACUGUCUUUCACUCUCUCUCUCUCUCUCUCUCUCUCUCUCUCUCUCUCUCUCCGCCUCUCUCUUGCUUUUGUUUCGAACAUAGUUGGUGCUUCAUCCUUCUUUCUUUUCUGAUCUCCUCUUCUACAUCGUUGGCUGACGUGUUAACGCCUCAUCUCCAUUUCUUUGUGUAUAUGUAAUAUUUCAUGCCUAUCAUAAGCUCUCCUUAACGUUCUGAUUAACAUGUUUUUCUUUGUUUCUCUUCGGACAGCUUGUUUUAUAAAUCAAGCAACCUAGUUGUAGAUUUGUUCAGCAUUUGUAGUAUCUGUAAAAAAGCUAUUUUAGUCUUGUAGAUAUUUUAUAUAAUGUAGGACGCUAUAUAUUUAUAAGGAAAUCAUUUUAGUAAUUUUUACUAGGAACCAGACUUGGCCUCGUCUAGUGAUGGGAUGGUGCAAGGGGACGCUGAUGGCCACCAGGUCACCUCAACUCUCUUUCCUAAACUCCACACACAAGCGCCGGGGUAGAAGCCAUCUUACUCUAACUAUAACUCUUAUUCAGCUGCACUAUCUGCCAUAAUGGGAACAGGAGAGCAUGUUCUAAACCUGGGACAGCAAAACUGGGUCAGAUCAGCCAUGUGAGAGAUAUAGAUGUUCUGAAUCUAGAGCAGUUCAAGCAGGCGAAUGCUAUUUUUCACUCAGUAGAGAGGGUGCUGUCUUGAACACCUAGGUGUGCUUCGGCUGGAAGAACAGCACCUUUAAUAAGCCUAUGAGUACAACCUUUAAGUGUUCCCCUUCAAUAAACGAAAAGACCUCCUACAGAACCCCUUUACUAUGUGGGACUCAUCUGUUACAUCAGAAAUGGAUUAGUGUAAUUUUAAGGCAAAUCCCCCAUGGUUGUCUCCUGAUGUGUUUUGUCACAUGUCUUCUCCAGUGAGACUAGACCCACAGAAACGAGUUAGCCACAAAUAUGAUAGAGAUGUUCCCAGACCUCAGCACUUGACUUAUUGUUGAGAUAGCCUACUCCUGAGGCUCUUGUGUUUCUGGCUGUACUCCAUGGGGUGGCUUCACUUGUUUUUUUGCUAAUAUGAAGACCUCAGUGUUUAAAGUGCAAGUGUGUUGUCAGCAUCCCUUAUGCUCUACUACUCCCCCUGCUGGACAGAGAGGCAUAAGUGAACAGUACUGCUUGGUUGGUUGGCAGAGGGUGUAUUGCAAGCAUGGAUAAUGCUAAGUGAUUGAAGAAAGGUGCUCUGAAUCUCUCCUUAAAGAUUUGAAGUUCAGUAUACAUUAUGAAGCCCGAAAUAAAUGACAGGUGAUUUUUUUUUAUUGUGUCUGAUCAGUUCUCCUGUCUCAUUGGAACCCAGUUUGUUCACAGAUCAUGAACACAAAAUGUUUCCCUGAAUAAUGGAAAAAAAAUAUUUAUGAUAUUUAUUCCACUCUUUUUUUGAUCUGAAAGUUUAAGCACUUUUAUUAGUUUUCUACACAAACAUGAGGAAUGUGUUCAGAGAAAUGUUCUAUAGAAUAAUGCCCUUCCCCUUGUAAGGACUUCGGAGACCUCCAGCAAAAAUGCUUUGUUUUUAUUUUUGAGGUGUGCUUUGUAAAUCCAUGUUACUUUCUACAACAAUGUUAACCACAGUAGAUAAAGUAGAGGCUUUUUCAAACAUUGGUUGAAUGACUUCAUUGUGGUGCAAUAAAUACUUUAAUGUUGUUUGUUUAUUGCUUUUUAAAAAUUGUUUGUAACUUUGUGUUAUUGCCUGCUGGCAAGUCUUCACUCUUUCUCCUUAAAGUAUAGGAAAGCUAGCGACACCCUUAUCAGAAUUAUUCCGCAUUGAUUUGUAUCUCAUGUUCCGUAAUUAUCUACUAGUUUCAUCACAUUGCUCUGAUUCAUUACAUCACUUUGAACAUAAUGAUUCAGAUUCAGGAUGACUUACAACAUCGAUGCCUUUCUUAUUGAUUCUGCCACAUGUAAUUGACGGAGUAAACCUUUGGCAAAUUCGACCUGCCGUGUUAGAUUUCUGAAACGUCUGCAAUGAACUCCGAUCAUUGAUGAAAGGAUUUGAAGGAUUGCUUUGACUAAUGAUGUCACAGAGGGAAUCAGUGAAUUCCGCUCUGAUUGAUUGGCUGCUGCCUCUCCAAUGAGAGGCCAUGACCAGCACUACACAAGAGACAUGCAUUAAGUGGAGAGGGUUUCAAAUGGUGUGGGCGGACCUCACCCCUUUCAUCAUUAUCUAGAAUCUUACCGAGAAACAUUCAGCAAACCUACAGGAAGACAGAAACCCCCAAAAAUGAUGGCACCACAAUAAAGACCAAACCAUGUAGGUAAAAUCUACUGGAUCCACUUGGAUCGAAUUUGAAUGUUUCAGACUGCUGUUUUUAUUCAGGUGGUUUGAGGUAGUUGAGGUGAGGACAUCUUUUCCCAUGUUUAUUUUAUUUGCCAUUAAUAUUAUGUCAGUACAAAGAAGCCUGCCUUUUGGCAAGUAGACUAUCAUCACACAAGCCCUGUUUUCAGCAGUGCCACUUACUGGUGUACGGUACAGUGCUGUUACACAGGAAAAGAGCAUUAAUCAAAACCAUUAAUGAUUGCUGUCUCUACACCUCAAAAAGAGACUUGUUUAUUAGAAUCUGGGGUAUCUGUUUCAAAUCAGUAUGGAUUUCAGCACAUUUACCCUGUGAUUAUGUAGGCGUGUAGAAGGUUAAGAUUGAAUGUGUGUACAAUGCAUGUUAUUGUAAGGUCAUACUGUAGCCAGCAGAUGGCCCUAAGAUGUCUUGCAAAUAGGUUCUCAGAUGUGUUUCAGGUAAUUUAUCUCAGUGAGCUGUUGCAUAGAUGCUUAUUUUCAGAGGUUUCAGUCUAUUAAAGGUUUUUUUUAGGGUUGCCAGUUGCGCAAGAGGUA